AUGAAACAGUUGGCCGUUGAAGACGAGAGACACGUCCAGUUUGUCAUUGAUGCCAUGAAUACGCGUGACAUCUACUACCACAUUCUGGAGUGUAAGAAGAUAUCGAAUCUCUACAGAAUGAUCAACAGUCUUCGAAUUCUGAAAAGCAGCAAAUUCGACUACGUGAAGAGGAAGGCACUGGAACUCGUGAAGGAUUGUUACACGAGUUCAGGUGGAUUCGCACCAGAGAAGACGUAUCCGCCAAACGUGUCGUCAACCAGGGCUGCCCUUCAGGUGCUCCACAUUUGUGAAUCAGACGCCUACUACAAGAAGGAAUUCGAUAGAGCCAAAACAGCCAAGUUUCUAAUGAACUUGCAGACUGGUUCAGGUGGAUUCGCAAAUGACGAAUUUGGUGACGUGGACACGCGUGUUGACUGCUGUGCCAUUUCGAGUCUGAAGAUGCUCGAGUUGCUUGAAAAGAACGACUUCAGAAGGGAGAGCCUGGAAGUGCCAUUGGACUUGAAGAAGUAUCCUGAAAUUGAUUCAAAUGGGCUUGUUAGGCACAUUCUGAGGUGCUACGACACGGGUGGCGGGUUUGGACAGGUUGAGGGAGCAGAAGGACACGCAGCACAGACAUUCUGCUGCAUUAGCACCCUCAAGAUCCUCGGUCUACUCAACACCGUUGAUUUGGAUGAUGUUACGGCAUUUAUUGCCCAAAAUCAGCACGAAAAUGGUGGAUUGAUGGGUCGAGUCAAUAAGAAGCCAGAUUCGUGCUACUCAUUCUGGUCAUAUGCGACUCUAAAGAUGACAGGUGGUGAGGACUCGAUUGACAAGAAGAAGCUUAUUGAGUUCAUUCGAAGCUGUGAACACGAAGAAGGCGGAUUCUCUGAUCAGCCUGGGAAUGUGCCUGACAUUUAUCACCAGAUGUUCUCCCUGGCUGCCCUCGUAAUGCUUGGUGUGAUUGAUGGUGAAUUAUCACCAUCAAUGUGUAUUUGA